AUGAAGAUCAGCGCCAUCGUCUCGUCCGUGCUCUGCCUGGCUGCGACCCAGCUUGUCGCCGCAGAUACCGUCACUUCGACCUACACCAACACCGUCACCAAGACGCUGGUUCGCGUGAAUUCGGAAACUCCAGGAGCCUCCGCAAGCGUCAGCUCCUAUGUCAUCCCCUCGAGCUCUGCUACUCCUUCUAGCAGCUGGAUUAGCAGCAGUGCUGCUGCCACUUCGACUCCGGCGUCCAGCACCCCGUCCGCAUCUGCCGUCGUGAAUCAUUCCGGAGCGGGAAGUGUUGCUGAUGUCAAUAUGCCUGUCGCGCUUGUCGCCGGAUCCGUUGCCCUCCUUCUCGGUGCUGCGCUGUAA